AUGGGCAGUGACCUCGCCACUCUCUCCUCCAACAACUACCAGAACCCCCAUGACAAACGAGGCGCAGUCAGGUCCUUCAAAGACCGCCACGCACACAAAGUAACCAUGUUGUCAGCCUUCAUCGCUCCCUUCAAGCACUUAAGCCCCGGGGCCACCAACACGGAGGAUGAAGACAAUCUAAGUACCAGCAGCGCGGAUGUGAAGGAAAACCGCGUGAGCAACUGGGAGGCGAGGCCCCUGGCCGCCAGCGACAGGGCCAGAGGCGGCACGCCCGGCGUGAAGCGGAAGAGGCCUCUGGAGGAGGGCAACGGCGGCCACCUGUGCCCCCUGCAGCUCGUCUGGAGGAAGCUCUCGUGGUCCGUGGCGCCCAAGAAUGCGCUGGUGCAGUUGCACGACCUACGCCCGGGCCUGCAGUACCGCAUGGUGUCCCAGACCGGCCCCGUGCACGCGCCCGUCUUCGCCGUGGCCGUGGAGGUCAACGGGCUCACCUUCGAGGGCACGGGGCCCACCAAGAAGAAAGCCAAGAUGCGGGCGGCCGAGCUGGCGCUGAGGUCCUUCGUGCAGUUCCCCAACGCCUGCCAGGCCCAGCUGGCCAUGGGCGGUGGCGCCGGGCCAUCCACGGACUUCACCUCCGACCAGGCCGACUUCCCCGACACGCUGUUCAAGGAGUUCGCGCCCGCCGCCCCCAGCGAGGCCUUUCCCGGCCGCCGGCCCGCCGACCCCGGGCUGCUGGCCACGGCCUGCCCGCGGGGCCGGCUCCUCUGCCACCCGCUGGAUCUGGUGGGCCCUGCGGCCCCGGGCGACAGGAACCCCGUGGUCGUGCUGAACAAGCUGCGCUCCGGCCUGCGCUACGUGUGCCUCGCGGAGCCGGCUGAGAAGCAGCGGGCCAAGAGCUUCGUCAUGGCCGUGUGCGUGGACGGCAGGACGUUCGAGGGCUCAGGACGCAGCAAGAAGCUGGCCAAGGGCCAGGCGGCACGGGCCGCCCUCCAGGCCCUCUUCGACAUCCGGCUGCCGGGCCACGUCCCCAGCAGGAGUAGAGGUCAGCUCCUGCCCCAGGAAUUCGCAGACUCCGUGUCCCAGCUGGUCACACAGAAGUUCCGCGAGCUGACCGUGGGCCUGGCGUCCGCGCACGCCCGCCACAAAGCACUGGCAGGGAUCGUCAUGACCACAGGCUUGGACGUCAGGCAGGCACAGGUCAUCGUCCUGUCCUCGGGCACCAAGUGCAUCAGCGGCGAGCACAUCAAUGACCAGGGGCUGGUGGUCAAUGACUGCCACGCGGAGAUCGUGGCCCGGAGGGCGCUGGUCCACUUCCUGUACGCACAGCUGGAGCUACACCUCAGCAAGCGGCGGGAGGACUCAGAGCACUCGAUAUUCGAACGGUCCAAGGACGGCGGCUACCGGCUGCGGGACAACGUGCUGUUCCAUCUCUACGUGAGCACGUCCCCCUGUGGAGAUGCCAGGCUGCACUCACCCUACGAGAUCACAGCCGACCUCAACAGCAGUAAACACAUCGUCAGGAAGCUCCGUGGACAUCUACGCACCAAGAUCGAGUCUGGGGAAGGGACCGUCCCCGUCCGGGGCCCCAGCACCGUACAGACAUGGGAUGGCGUCCUGCUGGGUGAGCAACUGGUCACCAUGUCCUGCACAGACAAGAUUGCCAGGUGGAAUGUGCUGGGACUGCAGGGCGCGCUGCUCUGCCACUUCAUCGAGCCCGUGUACCUGCACAGCAUCAUCGUGGGGAGUCUGCACCACACCGGCCAUCUCUCCCGGGUGAUGAGCCACCGGACCGAGGACAUCGGCCAGCUGCCGACCUCCUACAGGCACAACCGGCCCCUCCUCAGUGGUGUGAGCCAUGCCGAGGCGCGCCAGCCUGGAAAGUCCCCACACUUCAGCGUGAACUGGGUGGUGGGCAACACCGACGUGGAGGUUAUCGAUGGCACCACCGGCAGGCGGAGCUGCGGGGGCUCCUCGAGGCUCUGCAAGCACGUGUUCUCCGCGCGGUGGGCGCGGCUUUACGGAAAGCUGAGCACACGGAUUCCGAGCCACGGAGACACACCAUCUGUGUACUGUGAGGCCAAGCGGGGGGCCUGCACCUACCAGUCUGUUAAGCAGCAGCUGUUCAAGGCAUUUCAGAAGGCCGGGCUGGGCACAUGGGUGAGGAAGCCGCCUGAGCAGGACCAGUUCCUACUAACCCUCUGA